UAAUGUUGAAGACUAGAAAGUAAAUAGAUCCGCAGUACGGCGCUAGGGUAGAAUGCUACAUGCCAAAAGGAUGUUUUUAAAAAAUAUUUUAGUCGUUAAAAUCCAAAAACCAAGUCGCCGAUUUACAUUGUUUAUCUGCGUAUCGUUAUAGAAGGAGUUUGUGUCAUUUGUAGUGUAUUCGUGCUGCGAAUAACAACAGACAGACGCUCGCCUUUGUGAUCGAGUGACAAACAAGUCUCACCAGUCUGGGAGGGGACUUGCGUUAUCAAUACUCAAACAACCGUUGGGGGUAUAAACACUGAAACAGACUGGAUCGUUAUUAAUUUACAGAGAGCUGCAGGGAAUGAAAGUAAACGACAUUAGUGAUUUAUUUUUGUGUUCUUGGCUGUGAGGUCUAAAUGUUGUAUAUUGGUCUCUACAACAACAUAAAAACAUACAAUUUUUUUGCCCUGCCUAUUUGAUUUUGAAAUGCGACGGGACGACAGUAUUCCUGCAAUAGCGACACAGCUGCGGUACUCACAGCUCUGCCGAAAGCAUCUGGAAGAGAAGGGGAUACUGGACAGGAGGUUCCGGCUGCAGAAGCUGCCUGAUGCCACAGUGGCAUUGCCUGUUCUGUGUGCCAGAGUGCCAGAGUUAACCCUCCGGGUCCUCCAGGACACUGUGGCUCCUGGGAGCACCUGCACCAUUACAUACAUCCAGAGCCCUGUUCCUUCAAAGAAGUCAAGCGUGAGAUCGUCUCAGCAGCAGCUUGAGGAGGCUCUGAAGGGCUUGGUGGAGCUCAGAGGGGAGGUGUGGAGCGAGGAGCUGGGUCAUGACCUGCCCCAGAGCUGGAAACGACAUGGAGAUCUGGCCAUCCUGGGAGAGGCCACCUUCAGGCAGCCAAUCUGGAAGACACUGGAGCCUGAGUUAUGGGAGGCAGUGGCGUCAACCCUGGGGGUGAAAAGGGUGGCUAGAAUGGGGCGAGUCUCUACAGACGGGUUCAGAACUCCCACUGUCACUCUGCUGUGGGGGCAGGACGGCUGGGUGCAGCAUGUGGACAAUGGGAUCAGGUACGAAUUUGAUGUGACAAAGUGCAUGUUUUCAUCGGGAAACAUCACCGAGAAGCUGAGGAUCGCCUCGUUUAACUGCAGUGGGGAGACAGUGGUUGAUUUGUAUGCAGGUAUUGGGUACUUCACCCUGCCUUAUCUGGUGCAUGCUGGUGCUUCCUUUGUCCAUGCUUGCGAGUGGAAUCCCCACGCGGUCAAUGCAUUGCGGAGAAACCUGGAACUCAAUGGAGCUGCCCAGCGCUGCCAGGUCCACCAAGGAGACAACCGGCAGCUCUCCCUGUGUGAUGUUGCUGACAGGGUGAAUUUGGGGUUGAUCCCUAGUUCAGAGGAGGGCUGGCCCACAGCGUGCCGUCUAUUAAAGCGCGAGACAGGCGGUGUCCUCCACAUCCAUCAGAACGUCUCCUCUCGCCCGCAGAAACCCGACCCAGCGCUCCUCUUACAGAACCUUUGCCUCCAGGAGGUAUCUGACUCCAGCAGCCCUGCAGGGAAGGCCGCACGUGAGUUGGACACAGCAGACAGCAGGGAGUCUGCUUCAGGGCUUGACUGCAGAGACUCCAUGAGGACAGCUGUGAAAGCAGAGUGGCAGGCAUGGUCGAAGGCUGCAGCAUGCCGUAUAGCUGCACUCCUCCUGGAGAUCCAGGGACAGCCUUGGAGGACACACAUCCUACACAUAGAGCAUGUCAAGUCCUACGCACCCCACGUUGAUCACAUUGUAUUGGAUUUGGACUGCAGACCCACCUGAGUUGUGAUGGGCACAUGUUUGUAUGUCUUGGAAACAAAGGUUGAUAUCAGCAAUUGAAAAUGUACCCCUCCCCUUACAAAAUCCCUUUUUACAGUACAAUUGAAUCAACGUGAUUGCUUGCUAUCUUUUAACAUU